CAGUCAGGUGGUUCAUCGCGUGAGGAUCUGCUCUCUGAGCAAGCGCCUUCUCGUGCUACCGUGCGCGAAAUUCCUGUGCUUCGAACCUCGUCUGCUGCUCCAACUUCUCUACUCGAGUACAAAAUGCCUGGUACCAGAGCGUUCCAUCAUGGAGACAUACAAGAUGAGUACUAUCGGAGGGAAGUUAUGACGAGAACCAUAAUCACGAGAAGCACAGAAGCUUUAUCACAGGCACCACCACUUGGACGUUCCUCACCAAUAGAGGCAUAUAUCACGAACCCUGACCCGAACAUUCGAGAAGAGAGAACCAUCGACUUCAAGAUUAAAUACCACCACGACGUUGAAGAGCAGGAGCGAAGAAUUCGUGACCAGCAAGAAAAAAGAAGGAAGGAAGAGGAGGAGAGGCGGCGAAGAGAUGAGGAAAGUCUUCGUGCUUGGGAAAUGCGGGAAUUGGAGAUGCUUGAACGAAUAAGACUGGACCGAGAACGGAAGCGAAAAGACCUCGAAGAUUCGGUUUUCGAACGAGAACGACUAGAGAAGGAGCGCAUCGAAAGAGAUCGCUUAGAACGUGAAAAGUUGGAGAUGCAGAGACGUGCUGAGUGGGAAAGAUCGGAGAACGAACGUAGGACUCUGGAAGAAGAAGAACUUGCUAGGAGAAGACAAUUGGAGAAUGAACGUCUGGAACGCGAAAAAGCUGAAGCCGAGAGACUGGAACGUUUGCGUCUCGAGAGGGAAAAGGAGCAGUUAGAACGUGAAAGAUUCGAGCAGGAACGUAGAGAAAGGGAGCGCCUUGAAUUGGAGAGAAUCGAACGAGAACGUAUAGAAAGGGAGAGAAUUGAAAUUGAGAGGAUCGAAAGGAUCAAGAGGGAGCGGAUAGAGAGGGAACAACGGGAACGAGAAAAAGAAAGAGAAGAGAAAGAGAAACUUCAGCAGGAACGGGAGGAACUCGAGCGAUUAGAGAGAGAACGAAGAGAGCUUGAGCUUCGAGAAAGGGAACUGCUCGAAAUCCAGAGAAGAGAAGCUAUUGAGCGAGAAAAACAAAGAAUUGCUGACGAAGCGCGGGAAGCUCGCCGCCGAGAAGAAGAACGCCGAGAGGCUGACCUUCUGGACGAUAUACAAAGACGAGCCGAAGAGCGAGAGCGGCUGCGAAAAAUGCAAGAAAGGGAAGAAAAGGAGCGGUUGGAGCGUAUCCGAAGAGAACAGCAGCGAGUGGAGAUAGAACGAGCAGAGGCCGAAAGGAGGGAGAAGGAGCGUCUUGAGGACGAGAGACGCGAAAGAGAGCUCUUAGAGGCUCAAUUAAGGCAAAAGGAGCAACGCGAACGUGAACGUUUGGAGGAUAUCCAGAGGGAGACGAAGCUGCAGGAAGAAGAAAUGCGAGAGAAAGCCCGUAGAGAUGCAGAACGAAGAGCGGCUGCUGAAAGGGAAAGGAAGCGAAGAGAGCAAGAGGAAAAAGAAAGACUCACUGCUUACGAUUUGGAAAGGGCUGCUGCGGCUCGCAAGCUACAACGUCAAGUUGAUCUCGAAAGGGAAAGAGAAAGGGAAGAGUUGGAUAGAAAAGCGUUAGAAAUUGUUGAAAUGGAGAGGAAGGCUAACGAGCGACGGGAGAUCGAAAGGCUUGAAGAAGAGCGCAGUCUAGCUGAACUGAGAGAGAAGGAAAGACGAAAUCAGGAGGUCAGAGAUCGGGAGAGAAGAGAAGCGGAGGAGCGUGCCGCAGCCCGGCAACGUGAAGAUAGGCGUUCGCGUGACAAGCUCGAUCUAAUAGUAAGAGAAAGAACAGAGAAGGAACGGUUCGAAGCAGAAAAACGACGCUUGCUAGCUGAGAAAGAAGCACUGAGUAAAAAGCGUCAAUACCUCACUUCAAGUGAAACUCUGGAGAAGUUGACAAGACCACCAUAUUUCUCUCAAGAAAAUCUUUUGAAUCUUGAGUUCUCAACCAAGGUCGAGCGGCAA